AUGUCCUCUACCGAGAAAGAAACGCCCAAGGGCACCCACGUGGAAGGCGCCGACGGCAUCACCCAAGUCCCCCUCCACGAUGGAACCAUCUCCAGCGCAGCCGGAAAGGGCCAGGUUGCUACCGACAAGUACGGCAACCCCCUCAUCGAAUUCGACCCCGUCGCAGAACGCAAGCUGCGCUGGAAGCUUGACCUCUACACUAUUCCCACCGUCGCCCUCCUCUACCUCUUCUGCUUCAUCGACCGCGCCAACAUCGGAAACGCCAGAAUCGCCGGCCUCGACAAGGACCUCAACCUCAAAGGCUACGACUACAACAUCAUCCUCUCCACCUUCUACAUCUCCUACAUCCUCUUCGAGAUCCCCGCCACCGUCCUCUGCAAGUGGAUCGGCCCCGGCUGGUUCCUCCCCGCCACCUCCCUCGCCUUCGGCAUCGUCUCCAUCGCCACCGCCUUCUGCGAGUCCCGCGCCGCCAUAUGCGGCGUCCGCUUUCUCCUCGGCAUCUUCGAGGCCGGCAUGCUGCCCGGCAUCGCCUACUACCUCUCCCGCUGGUACCAGCGCGCCGAGCUCACCUUCCGCCUGUCGCUGUACAUGGUCAUGGCCCCGCUGGCCGGCGCGUUCGGCGGCCUGCUUGCCUCCGCGAUUCUCACGCUGGACCACUUCGGCACUCUCCACCGCUGGCGCAUGAUCUUCGCCAUCGAGGGCAUCGUCACCAUCGCGCUCUCCCUCAUCUCCUUCGUCACCCUCACCGACCGGCCCGAGACCGCGCGCUGGCUGACGCAGGAGGAAAAGGACCUGUGCAUCGCGCGCGUCAAGUCAGAGCGCGUGGGCACCACGGAGGUCAUCGAUGGCAUCGACAAGAAGAAGCUGCUGCGCGGCAUGCUUAACCCCGUAACGCUCGAGAUCUCGCUCAUCUUCCUCUUCAACAACAUCACCGUGCAGGGCCUGGCCUUCUUUCUGCCGACGAUCGUGAGCACCAUCUACCCGACCUUCUCGACCGUCCAGAAGCAGCUGUACUCAGUGCCGCCGUACGCUGUGGGCGCGUUCUUCACGCUGGCGUUCCCGGGGCUGAGUUGGUAUCUGGAUCGGCGGCAGGUGCUGAUUGGGUUGUCGGCGCCGAUGGUUAUGACGGGGUAUAUUAUGUUUUUGGCGUCGAAGGUGGCGAAGAUUCGUUCCGCCAUGGUUCUCGGCCCAAUGUCCAAUGCCCACAUCAGCGCCAACGUCCUUAGCGACACAGCGCGAAGCAGUGCCAUCGGCUUGAACGUCAUGUGUGGCAACAUCGGCGGCAUCAUCUCCACCUGGUCGUACCUGCCGUGGGACUCUCCGGACUACCACAUUGGUAAUGGUCUCAACUUGGCCGCGGCCAGUAUGAUCUUCAUCGUCGCCUUCACGGCGUGGUUCUGGAUGAAGUGGGACAACAAGCGCCGCGAGGACCGUAGCAUCGAGGAGGAGCUGGCGGGUAUGUCGGAGCAGGAGAUCCAGGAUCUGGAUUGGAAGCACCCUGCGUUCAGGUGGAGAACUUAG